GAGCGACCCCUGUACCGACGGAGAAGGCACACUCUGACGAAGAGCCAAAAUUUCCUGAAAUACCGAUGAGUGAUGGACCAAAGCAACCCGACCAAAACUCGAAGGUUGAGACAAAUUAUGCUGUCAAGUCAGCCAGUGAUGCUGCUGGACCAUCAAAAGAAGAAACAACAGUAGCUGCAGCAGUCGUUAACGGUUCUGACGCUGACGCACAGAAAGAUGACAGUUCCGCUGAACCUGUCAAACGUGCGGAGGUUGGAGACAAGGAUAAGAAUGCACCCGAGGAAGACACUGACCAUGUUGAAGAAGCCAAGAGUUCAAGUGCGAAGAAGUUAUCCAAGAAGGAGUCAUCAUCGGGAAAGUCCCACAAACGCCAAGGAGAUGGCAAACCACCAAGGGCUCCUACGCCCUAUAUUAUAUUCUCCAAUGACAUCCGCGAGUCCAUCAAACAGAGGAAUCCUGACAUGAAGCCAACAGACAUUAUGAAGGCAAUCGGUGAACAAUGGCGGAACCUGCCCAAAGAGGAGAAAAAGACCUACGAGGAUAAGGCAGAGGUGGAAAAGGCCAAGCUUGGACUAGAACAGGGUAACACGGAUGGGCCACUCUCCACACACAAAGGAAAAAAAACGAAUGCUAAAGCUACAACUAAGUCUAAAUCCAGAAAUGAUAAUGAUAAGCCUCGUUUGGGAAGACAUGGUCAACCAAACUCAAAGCCUGCUCAAGGAAUCCUUCAAGAUGGAUUUAUUGUCUUCUGCCUUGAAAAUCGGAGCCGGGUUGAGGAGGGACUGGGGGAAGGAGCUACUUUGGCAGAUAUUCAACAAGAGCUUUCCAAGGAGUGGGAACAGUUGGGCUUUGAAGAGAGGCGGAAGUACAUGAGUGCCGCAAAUGCAACUGCUGACAUCGAAGUCAGUCCAUCUAGCAUGGCAGCCAAUCCUGAUCCGGCCUUAGCAUCGUCCAUAUCAGAUGCUAUUGUUGCUGGAUUCAAGGAAACUGAGGAAGGAGAUGUUGAGUUUGUGUUGGCACAAACACUGGAGGGUGACUUUGUCACUAAGAGAAAGAGACUGGAUUAUACAGAUCUUGAUUAUGAAGAGGCGAAGAAGCACAAAUCUGGCACUGAUGUUUCAAACGCUAUCAGCGCUUUCAAAAGAAGGAAGCGACAGUUUUAUGCUGAGAUAGAGCAGCGAACUGUAAAUGGUGUCCUGGACCUUGACGACAUCUCUGCAGGAAGCAUGCUUGAGACCCUUGCCUUUCUCGGAAACAUGCGUGAGGAUGUUUUUCCUACCACAAAUACGAAGCUCCAGUCUCCUGAUGUUUG